CGCCCGCUGUGCGGACAUCGGCCAAUAAGCACGGAGCAGACCCAGGGCCCCAGCGCAACACGCCCACGUCACACUCGCGUGCGCCACUUCGCACGAGUUGGGCUUUCUGAAGGCUUCGCGGUGUCCACCGAACCCAACGCCGGACAACAAACGAGCAGGGCGACGACCAUGUCUGACAGGAAAGCGGUGAUCAAGAAUGCUGACAUGUCCGAGGACAUGCAGCAGGACGCCGUGGAGUGCGCCACGCAGGCGCUGGAGAAGUACAACAUCGAGAAAGACAUCGCUGCCUACAUCAAGAAGGAGUUCGACAAGAAGUACAACCCGACUUGGCACUGCAUCGUGGGGAGGAACUUUGGCAGCUACGUGACCCACGAGACCAAACAUUUCAUCUACUUCUACUUGGGCCAGGUGGCCAUCCUGCUCUUUAAGUCGGGCUGAGAACAACACACACCGAUUUAAAAACUAACAACACAUUUAUUGACUCGACAAAGGCACUCAUUCCAAGUGGGGGGGGGGGGGGGAAGAAAUGCCUUUUUUUGUGCUUUCUACUUUUUUUGUUUUGAGGAUUAAAACGUGGCUAUCCGAACAAGUCAAAAACGUAUUUAUUUUUGCCUGUUAACAUUUACAUGUCUUUUAUAAAAUUAAAUGUUAAGGUUUCUGCA